AUGACGUCCAUCCUCUCUGCUCUUCUCUGCCUCGGUCUGAGUCUGGACCAGAGGACCCGUGUGCAGGCAGAGACCCACCCCAAACCCACCAUCUGGGCUGAGCCAGGCCCUGUGAUCCCCUGGGGGAGCUCCGUGACCUUCUGGUGUCAGGGGACCCCACGGGCUGAGGAGUACUGUCUGUAUAAAGAGGCAAGCACAGCAUCCUGGUACCAACAGAAGACACUGGAUCCCGGGGACAGAGCCAAGUUCUCCAUCACAUACAUGACAAAUCCUGAUGCAGGGAGAUAUCGCUGUUACUAUCGCAGUCUCAGUGGCCAGUCAGAGCUCAGUGACCCCCUGGAGCUGGCGGUGACAGGAGCCUUCAACAAACCCAGCCUCUCAGCCCUGCCCAGCCCUGUGGUGACCUCAGGAGGGAAGGUGACCCUCCAGUGUGGCUCAGGGCAGGGAUUUCACAGGUUCAUUCUGACUAAGGAAGGAGAUCACAGGCUAUACAGGAAACUGAACUCACAGCCACAGCCCAUUGUGCAGUACCAGGCCCUGUUCCCUGUUGGCCCUGUGACCCCCACACAGAGGUGGAGGUUCAGAUGCUAUGGCUGCUACAGGAACAGACCCUACGUGUGGUCACUCCCCAGUGAUGCCCUGGAGCUCCUGGUUCCAGGUGAGUCUGAGAAGCCCUCCCUCCUGAGCCAGCAGGGCCCCAUCGUGGCCUCUGGACAGAGCCUGACCCUCCAGUGUCGCUCUGAUGUCGGCUAUGACAGAUUCGCUCUGUACAAGGAGGGGGGAAGGGACCUCCCCCAGAGCCUCGUCCUGCAGCCCCAGGCUGGGCUCUCUCAGGCCCACUUCCCCCUGGGCACUGUGAGCAGCUCCCACGGGGGCCGGUACAGAUGCUACGGUGGAUACAACCUCUCCUCUGAGUGGUCGGCCCCCAGUGACCCCCUGGACAUCCUGGUGGCAGGAAACCUGUCUCACAGACCAUCCCUCUCAGUGCAGCCAGGCCCCAGGGUGGCCUCAGGAGAGAAUGUGACGCUGCUGUGUCAGUCACGGAGCCCAAGGGACAUGUUUCUUCUGUCCAAGGAGGGGGCAGCCGAUCCCCCCCUUCGUCUGAGAUCAGAGCACCGUGGUUGGCAGUUCCAGGCAGAGUUCUCCAUGAGCCCUGUGACCUCAGCCCACGGGGGCACCUACAGGUGCUACAGCUCAUACAGCACCUCCCCCUUCCUGCUGUCACCCCCCAGUGAGUCUGUGAAGCUCUUGGUCUCAGUUUCCCAGCCCCACGACUACACCGUGGGAAAUCCCGUCCGGAUGGGUGUGGUUGGCUUGGUCCUGGUGGUGCUCGGGGUGCUGCUAUUUCUGGCUCAAAACAGCCAGAGAAGGACCCACAAUGCCACCAGGGUGUGA